ACGUGCUGCAUCUGAAAUACUGGAAUGCAAUGUUUGUAAAUAAAAGCGGCGAAAAAUGGCCUUGUGAUAUUUAAGUCAGUGGUAGCACUCGGAUUAUUAAACAAUGCCGAAAACAUCCCCUAAGCGAAAUACAGAGAUAGACGCGAUGUCCGAACCAUACUCGGACGACGAAAGUGCUCACGACGACAACGACGACGAAGAUGCAGACAAACGUAGACGGCGUGCAGCGAAGACUUUUCCCAGGCGGAAGAAGACUAUAUCGAAGCAGACGACAUCGAAGCAGGCGACAACUCGCGUUGGCGGGAUUCUAGCUAUUAUCGAAAACGAAGACGACAGUCAUUCCCAGACGGACGCAGAGUCGAUGACGUCACGUAUGACGUGCGAAUACGAAUAUCACGAGGCGAAUCCGGUCGAUUAUUACAGCUCGAAUUUCCCGAGCUUGUUAGGGUACCUUGGGCCGAACGCUUCGUACAAACUUAAGCGGACGACAAAAACAAACAAACAGUAUUCCUCGCUCCCUAGGCGAGGCAGCAUAGCUACAUCCAUCGACAAAACCGAGGCCCAAUACGGGACAUUUGCGGACCGGAUGAAAAAGAAAAACGAUGCAAGUGGCUUUUAA